UUUUAAUUUAAAAUAAAAAUUAAUAAACAAAAAUGUCUAAAAGAAUGAAUGCUGCGCUGUUUCUGAUCUUCACUGCCACAACAUUAUUGGGAUUUAUUAAUGCACAGGCAGUUGGCUCCAAAGAUCUCUUCAGAUGCCGCCAAAGUUGCUAUCAGAAGUUUGUGCAAGAUUGGCAUCACUGCAUGGAUUUCGAGGAUUGCAAGAAUUGUUGGAAUAAUUGCGAUCAACAACUGGGUCCUUUCCCACUGAACAUCAAUUCAGCAUUACGGCAAGGCUCAUUGGUACUCACUGAUAUUGCUUGGGAUCAGGCAAUUACAAACGCAUCCAAGCAAUGCUUAGUCACUUGGGAGGUCUCCGGAGGCGGUCUAAUGGGCAAUCUGUUGACUGAUAGUUCCACUGUUGAAUUAUCCCUUUGGUCAGAUACGGUUUAUCACGUACAAGUUACGUGCAAGCAUAAGGAAACUGGUGGCAUGCGUCGCUCAUAUAAACUGAUCGUGGACACACACAAAUUAAGCGAUAGCAUUGCAACUGGCAUGCAAGAGAUAACUCUAAGUAAUGGCAUCACAAAAACUUUACCCAAUAUAUAUAGCAACGAACUGUCCAAUUCAGCUGAGACAGAUUCACGUAUGCGCAUACUAAAGGAUAGCUCAAAGGAUUUCCUCACUCCUUACAAUCCAAAUGCCAAUGUAGCAAAUACCAAAGAUAAUACAAAUAACGUUGAUAAUAGCAUCUCAAGCAGUUCGUCCACUACAGACAAGAGUAGCAGUAAUAUCAAUAGCAACAGCAUUAAUGCCAAAAAGGAUAAUACAUUACAUAUGAAUUCAGUGCUGCGGACCAAACUAAUUGCACCAAUGGUGCCAGCUAAACCAACAGAUUUCCUAACACAAAGCAUGGUCUUUGCUGUUGUCGGUGCAGUUGUCGUUUUCUUUGGUUUACUGACACUAUAUGCAUUGACAAGACCUGCACGCAAAGAUGUACCUGCUGGCGCUAGUGCCAUUGAUAAGGAAGUUCUGAUACACAGCGAACUGCUACCAAGUCAAACAACAGCUGCCAAACAACAAGGAGCACAUACAGUCAUAUCCGCGGCUGCGCUGACAACAGUUGCCGCUGACACACGGACGCUGCAUGUGUAAAUGGCAUAUGCGUGUCAUGUAUAUAAUGUAAUGUCUGUAUGUAUUAGUUUGUAAAUAUUUGCUUCAAAACAUAAAUUAUUUAAAUAAUUAAUUAAUUAAUAACUUUUAAAAAAGUUCAGUUUUUGUUAUUUUCGAAUUUAGAUGUGAUGUAAAUUUAGCUAUUUUUUUUUUCU